AUGGAGCGGCCGUACCAGGGCGGCAGCGCGGCGGCGUGCGCGGAGGAAGGCGGCAGGAAAGGCGAGACCUUUGACGACGCCACCGCGGAGAACCUCCUGGCGAAGCUUCGUCUGAAGUUCCGGUCGGGCGAGACGCGGAGCUUGGCGUGGCGCGAGCAGCAGCUGCGCAAUGUGGUGCGCAUGGCGGAGGAGCACGAGGACGACAUGAUGGCGGCGCUCAAGGCGGAUCUAGGCCGCGGCCGCAUGGAGGCUCUCAUAGAGGUGCUGGGCGUGUGGAAGGCGGCGAGUCACAUGCUGAAGCACUUCAAGAAAUGGCUGCAACCGCACAAGGUGGGCACGCCGCUGUUGUUGAGGCCAGGGCGGUCAGAGGUGCUGUAUGAGCCGCUGGGCGUGGUGCUCAUCAUCUCGCCCUCUGGAACUUCCCCUUUCGUACGUCCCCUCCCCACCGCUUCUCCUUACAACUUCUCCACCGCUUCUCCUUACAACUCCCCCCUAUGGAGCACGUCGUGUAAAUGUCAUGUCAUGGCACCUCGCUGCUGUUCACUGGGCGUGGUGCUCAUCAUCUCGCCCUCUGGAACUUCCCCUUCCGUACGUCCCUUUCCCACCCCCCUUUCUUCUGCCUUCUUGCUGUCUCUGGAGCCGCUAGUGGGAGUGCUAGAAGCGGGCAACGCAGCGGUGCUGAGGCCCUCAGAGGAGCUCUCAUGGUGCCAUCUCUCCUCUCCGCUCUAUCUCGUUGCUGUCUCUGGAGCCGCUAGUGGGAGCGCUAGAAGCGGGCAACGCAGCGGUGCUGAGGCCCUCAGAGGAGCUCUCAUGGUGCCAUCUCUCCUCUCCGCUCUAUCUCGUGUGUGUUUCCAUCCCUCAGUGCUGUCUCUGGAGCCGCUAGUGGGGGCGCUAGCAGCGGGCAACGUGGCGGUGCUGAAGCCCUCAGAGCUCUCCCCCGCCUGCUCACACCUGCUCUCGCGCCUCCUCCCCCUCUACCUCGACUCGCACGCCGUUCAGGCAGGUGCUAUCCACGCCAGUGCGCUCAGAGUGACACAAGGGGCGACGCGUGCACGUGCAGGCAGCAGCACAUCCCUGCGGUUCGCUCUCAUCCCCAACCCCCUUCUUCCCCACCCCCCUUCUUCCCCAACCCCCUUCUUCCCCAACCCCCUUCUUCCCCAACCCCCUUCUUCCCCAACCCCCUUCUUCCCCAACCCCCCCCACCCUUGCCGUAAGCAUUUGACACCUGUCACUCUGGAGCUGGGCGGCAAAAAUCCACUGUUCAUCGACGAGUCCGCUGACCUGGAGGUGUGUGCUGCCGACCUGGAGGUGUGUGCUGCCGACCUGGAGGUGUGUGCUGCCGACCUGGAGGUGUGUGCUGCCGACCUGGAGGUGUGUGCUGCUGACCUGGAGGUGUGUGCUGCCGACCUGGAGGUGUGUGCUGCUGACCUGGAGGUGUGUGCUGCCGACCUGGAGGUGUGUGCUGCUGACCUGGAGGUGUGUGCUGCCGACCUGGAGGUGUGUGCUGCCGACCUGGAGGUGUGUGCUGCUGACCUGGAGGUGUGUGCUGCUGACCUGGAGGUGUGUGCUGCCGACCUGGAGGUGUGUGCUGCCGACCUGGAGGUGUGUGCUGCUGACCUGGAGGUGUGUGCUGCCGACCUGGAGGUGUGUGCUGCUGACCUGGAGGUGUGUGCUGCCGACCUGGAGGUGUGUGCUGCUGACCUGGAGGUGUGUGCUGCUGACCUGGAGGUGUCAGCAAGGCGGAUCGUAUCGGGCAAGUGCACGAACGCGGGGCAGGUGUGCCUCCUGCCCGACUACAUUCUCGCCUCCAAGGACGUUGCUGCGCGGCUGGUUCGUCUAGAGGAGCUGCCCCAUCUGAAGGCAGCCGUGGAGCAGUUUUACGGCAGCAACCCCGCUGGGUGCCCUGACCUCGCCCGCAUCAUCAACACCUCCCACCUGCUCCGCCUGCAGAGGCUUCUCGACCAUCCUGCUACCGCCUCCUGUGUCGUGCACGGGGGGCAGAGCGAUGUGGAAUCGAGGUACUUUGCCCCAACGCUGCUGCUCAACGUGCCCUGGGAUGCCCCCAUCAUGCAGUCCGAGAUCUUUGGGCCCAUCCUGGCCAUCCAAACAGUGUCAGGAGUGGACGAGGCCAUUGGAAUCGUCAACGCGCGCCCCAAGCCGCUCGUGGUGAUAAUCUUCACGUCCCGGGAGGACGUGCGGCAGCGCUUCCUCAAGGAGAGCAGCUCGGGGGCUGUCGUGGCCAAUGAGCUCAUCCUGCAGCGCUUCCUCAAGGAGAGCAGCUCGGGGGCUGUGGUUGGCAACGAGCUCAUCCUGCAGGUGCGGCAGGGGGGAGAGGGUUCUGGGGGAAGGGAGGAAAGGAGUGGGAGGGAAAGCGAUAAUCAUGCGGUUAGUCUGCAACAUGGAGUGCCGUUUGGUGGUGUGAGAGACAGCGGCACGGGGCAGUAG